UAAAACUGGGGGCAAAUCCCCGCAGGAAGCAAUUUGGACACUUUCGUCUUUCCCUUUCCCUCUCUCACUCAAGCCUAAAAUCCAAAAUCUCCGAUUCUAUCCUCUUUCUUCUUCUUCUUCGGUCUUCUUUAAAUGGAGGUGGAAAGUUAGCUCUAUCCCUGCCCAUUCUAUAUCUUUCUUCUCUCUUGAAAACUCCUUUCCAAUGGAGUUUAGUGGUUCCAGCAACAGAAAACUGUUUCGAAAGCUGAGAUGUGAAGUGAAAAACUACGAUUGGGGACUAUUAGGUUCUGAAUCGACAGUUGCUCGCUUGCACUCGAUGAAUUCUGAUGCCUCUAUUGUCGAGGACAAACCUUAUGCUGAGCUCUGGAUGGGCACUCACGAUUCUGGUCCAUCCGUUCUCAUUGGAGUAGAAGAUGAAGAAAAAAUUGGAGCUUUUAACGAUGGCAACGAGAAUUUGAAGUUAUGGCUUGCAAAAAACCCUAACGUACUUGGAGAUAAGGUUUCACAGAGAUGGGGUAACGAUCUCCCGUUUCUGUUCAAGGUACUUUCAGUAGCCAAGGCCUUAUCAAUACAGGCUCAUCCCGAUAAAGAGUUGGCUGGAAUGCUACAUAAAGAACAUCCAAAUUUGUAUAAGGAUGCCAAUCACAAGCCUGAAAUGGCUUUGGCACUAACAGAAUUCGAGGCUCUGUGUGGGUUUGUUGGUAUGGAGGAGCUUAAGGAAGUCCUUCAGAGUGUUCCGGAGAUUGUGGAAGUGGUUGGAAGUGCUGCACAUGAACAAACAGUGUUAGAUAUUAGCGAUGAAGAAGACAGUGAGAAAGUGAAAGCAGCUUUGCGUUUGGUAUUUACCCAACUCAUGUCUGCAAAUACUGCUGUGAUAUCUCAAGCAGUUUUCAAUAUGAUGAGCCGACUAAACCUGGAAAGUAAGGAGAGGCAAUUAACAGAGAAGGAAAAUCUAGUAUUGGAGUUGGAAAGGCAAUAUCCAGCUGAUGUGGGUGUGAUUGCUGCUUUCCUAUUCAACCAUGUGAAGCUUAAGCCAGGCGAAGCUCUUUAUCUAGGGGCAAAUGAACCGCAUGCAUACUUAUCUGGAGAGUGUAUUGAAUGCAUGGCAACUUCCGAUAAUGUUGUAAGAGCUGGUCUUACUCCAAAGCUUCGGGAUGUCCAAACUCUUUGCUCCAUGCUCACCUAUAAACAGGGAUUCCCUGAUAUAUUAGAAGGAGUUGAGGUUGAUCCAUACACAAGAAAAUACCUUCCUCCUUUUGAGGAAUUUGAAGUAGAUCGAUGCAUAUUACCGGAGGGAGUGUCCUACAACUUGAGGGCAGUUCAGGGCCCUUCCAUUUUACUGAUUACAAAAGGAGAGGGGAAAUCAUUUGAAGAUGAUGAUGUUGUUUCUGAAGGGGAUGUUCUCUUUGUUCCUGCAGACACUGAGAUCGGUAUAACAGUUGGCAAUACAUCUCAGCUCCAUCUUUAUAGAGCUGGAGUGAAUAGUAGUUUCUUUGGAGCUUAUUGAUUCUUCUUUUGUUCAUACUACAAUACCUCAUUACUUGUACUUAAUAUAAUUACAAUAAUGUAUGUUACUUCCAUCUUAUACAUAUAUAUAUAUAGCAAUGUUCUGAAUGGCGGUAGGCGGUAAGUGACUGCCUACAGCCUCGGAUGCCUAAGCGGGUGCUUAGUCGGUUGAAAUAUUUUCACUAUAUAAGUAUAAAUAAAUUUAAAUAUAAAUAUAAUUUAGUC